CUAAAUAAAAUAAAAAAUAAAAACAUAAUACACUACUCCUGAAAUCAUAAGCAGUUUACUGUAAAGCUGACCGACCAACCAAGAAAACCCAGUUCCGAACGCAGACCCAUUUGCCUUAAUUUCCAUUUCUCGUCUCUGAAAACAUCAAAAUACAUAAGUCAAAAAUGGAGAGCAGUGAAGAAGACGACGAUUUCCCAUCCAUUGAGAGCAUCACUCCACAGUCCAAGAUCGAUUCUCUUCAUCAAUCCCACACUGAAAAGGGAAUCAGAAAACUUUGCUGUGAACUCCUGGACUUGAAAGAUGCUGUGGAAAACUUAUGUGGGAAUAUGCAAACAAAGUAUUUGGCGUUUUUGAGAAUAUCUGAAGAGGCUAGAGAAAUGCAGCAUGAAUCGAUUGAACUGCGAAAGCACAUUUCAGCGCAAGGAAUUCUUGUUCAAGAUUUGAUGACUGGAGUCUCUCGUGAAUUGGAAGAGUGGAACAAAUCUGGUGGUGAACCCUAUGAAGCUAAGCAAGAUUCCAAGAGUGAUGAGCUUAAAGAUCUUAUACCUAACGAAGUUGAUGCUAACAGUAUUUUUUUGGAGAAUAUUGAUGUGCUCUUGGCUGAACAUAAAGUAGAAGAAGCAUUGGAUGCCUUAGAUUCCGAGGAGAAAAACUCUUUGGAGCUAAAAAACUCAGACUUGUUGUCUGCUGAUGAGUCCUCAUAUAAAGCUGCUUUUUUAAGAAGAAAGGUAAUUCUUGAAGAUCAGCUAGUUGAGAUUGCUGAACAACCUUCUAUUAGUGUUGUAGAGCUGAAGAAAACGUUAUGUGCUUUAAUUAAACUUGGGAAAGGUCCUUUGGCACAUCAGUUACUUUUGAAAUUUUAUGGUUCCCGUAUUCAGAAGAACAUUGAAGUUUUUAUUCCGUCUUGUUCUUUCUGUCCAAGGACAUAUCCAGCAACAUUAUCUAAGAUUGUAUUUUCAAUAAUCUCGCAUACAAGAAAGGAAUCGGGUUUGAUAUUUGGUGAUGAUCCUGUUUAUACAAACAGAAUUGUUCAAUGGGCAGAGUGGGAAAUUGAGGCUUUUGUGCGGAUGAUAAAAGAGAAUGCACCCAUUUCCGAGACAGUUUCUGCAUUACGAGCUGCCAGCGUAUGUGUUCAGGCUAGUCUCAACUACUGUUUGGCUCUAGAAUCUCAAGGCUUGAAACUGUCAAAAUUAGUUUUGGUUCUUUUACACCCUUUCAUUGAAGAAGUUUUAGAACUGAACUUUAGAAGGGCUAGGAAGGUUGUCCUUGGCUCGGUGGAACCAGAAGAAAUCAUUCCUUUUUCACCUCGCUUCGCAUCUCUAUUAUCUACAAUUACACCAUCGCCUGAUAGUGUGCUCGUUAAUAGUGGAAUCAGAUUCAUGUCCAUUGUUGAAGAUAUAUUGGAACAGCUUACCCCAUUGACUGUUUUGCACUUUGGAGGCAACAUAUUGAGUAGAAUUGGACAUUUAUUUGAUAAAUACAUGGACUCCUUAAUCAAAGCCCUACCAGGCCCCUCAGAUGAUGACAAUAUUACAGAGCUCAAAGAUGUUGUACCAUUUAGAGCAGAGACAGAUUCAGAACAGCUUUCGAUUCUUGGAAUAGCAUUCACAAUUAUGGAUGAACUGUUACCAAAUGCUGUUGUAACUGUUUGGAAGCAACUAAAUGGUUGUCAGGAUUCAAACGAUGGAACUGGUGAAAAUAUGAAAUCUUCUCCUAGCACCAAUGCCCUGAAGGAAUGGAAACGCCAAAUUCAGCAUUCAUAUGAUAAGCUUAGAGAUCAUUUUUGUCGGCAAUAUGUUUUGGCUUUCAUAUACUCCAGAGAAGGAAAAACUCGAUUAAAUGCACAAAUAUACUUCAAUGGAAAUGGAGAUAUCUUACACCACUGGGACUCUGAUCCUUUGCCUUCACUUCCAUUUCAGGCUUUAUUUUCAAAGUUACAGCAAUUAGCAACGGUGGCUGGAGAUGUAUUACUUGGAAAAGAAAAAAUACAGAAAAAUUUGCUAGCUAGACUAACAGAGACUGUUUUAAUGUGGUUAUCUGAUGAACAAGAGUUUUGGGAUGUGUUUGAAGAUGAUUCAGGUCCUCUUGAGCCACUUGGGUUGCAGCAGCUAAUUCUUGAUAUGCACUUCACUGUGGAAAUUGCACGGUUUGCGGGUUACCCAUCACGACAUGUGCACCAGAUUGCAUCAGCUAUAAUUGCUCGUGCUAUCAGGGCAUUCUCUUCUGAAGGCAUGGUUUCAAACAAUGCCCUCCCCGAGGAUGAAUGGUUUGUCGAUGCUGCAAAAUUAGCUAUAAACAAGCUGCUCUUAGGAGCAGAAGGAUCUGAGGCAUCCGAAAUUGAUGAAGACGACUUACUUCACCACGAUGAUGAUGUGAUCUCUGAUUCAGAUGACACUGUUUCUUCCCUGUCAUCGGAAGAGUCUUUUGAGUCCUUCGUUUCUGCAAGUAUGGGCGACCUUGAUAGUCCCUCAGAUCUUACUGAUCCUGAGAGCUAGUAUUAAAGCAAUUGAAAAGCAUUAUAACAUAUAACUGAGAUGUUUUUCUUUCUACAGAAAGUGAAAUCAUUUCAGGUUCUUCAAGCAGAUAUAGGAAAAUCACUUCAUUUUCACAUUUGGUGAUCAUCAAUGCCAAUUUAUUAGAGAAAGUGUGUUUGAACCGUUGUUUAUAAUAAUAAUGAUUAUUUUAAAAAUUAUGAUUUCAUUGCA